CGUAAGGAUAACGGAAGUCGUGCUUGCAAGAAGCGGGAGGUCCUACUUUCUUGAGGUGGUUGCCCCGCAAAGUAAUUACCCCUCUGCGUACUUGCCCCUUUGCGCGGAAGAUCGGUCUAGAAUUACCUAAACUUAGCGAUAGUGACAGUGAGACCUCACUUCAGCCUUAUCACCAACAUUUGAACAACAGCACAAUACAGCUUAUUUAUAACCCACCGACGCCGCUUCGCCACAACUUAAUUCACCCCCGAAACAAACACCCGCACUCAAAUCCACGACAUAUCUCUACGUUGCCAAAAUGGGCAACACCACCAGCGCAGUCCUGGACAACCUCGUCCAAGGAUCCAACUUCGAUAGAGAUGAAGUUGAUCGUCUGCGAAAGCGAUUCAUGAAGCUGGACAAGGACAACUCCGGUACGAUCGAACGCGAUGAAUUCCUCAGUCUUCCCCAGAUCUCCUCCAACCCUCUGGCAACACGAAUGAUCGCCAUUUUUGACGAAGAUGGUGGGGGUGACGUCGAUUUCCAAGAAUUCGUUACAGGUCUCUCAGCUUUCAGCGCCAAGGGAAACAAGGAACAGAAGCUGCAGUUCGCCUUCAAGGUCUACGACAUUGACCGUGACGGCUAUAUCAGCAACGGAGAGCUGUUCAUUGUCCUCAAGAUGAUGGUCGGCAGCAACCUUAAGGAUCAGCAGCUGCAGCAGAUUGUGGACAAGACUAUCAUGGAGGCCGAUCUCGACAAGGACGGCAAGAUUAGCUUUGAGGAGUUCACCAAGAUGGUCGAGUCGACUGACAUCAGUAUGAGCAUGACUGUCGACCAGUUCUAAGCGAUCGCACAUAAAAGGGUGCAUACAGGGUAGGGGAGUACAGGUUUCAUCAUUGCCAUGGACUUACACGGUCCAUAGUCCUACGAGGACUACUGGUGGAAAUGGAUGAGGAAGAUGGGGUUGGAACACCUAGCGAAUCUAAACAUCAUUAUGAUCAUGAAUUCACGCAUUCUGUUUUGUUGACUGACAGACUUCUGUUGCCCUCUGCUCAGCUUAUGACGAAGCUGAUCAUCUAGUAUAUUCGAAUGCUCGCCUCGGUAUGAUAUCUUUUCGGCGUAAAGAGUUCUGGGUUGGCAUGGCAGCUCGCAGAUAAACACC